UUGAGACUGAAUUGUUUAAAUUUGGCAUUUUUGUCAGAAGCUUAAGUUAAGGUGGCAACGUCGUCCGUUAUUCAUGUUCUCUUUCUCAUUGGACAUCUUUGCUUAGGACUAGGACAAUUGUGGAGCUGCCACGGUUGUUUUUCUAGAUCAACAUGGGUGCAUACAAGUAUAUGCAAGAGUUGUACCGCAAGAAGCAGAGCGAUGUUAUGCGUUUCUUGCUUCGCAUGAGGUGUUGGCAGUACCGCCAGCUUCACCGUGUGCACAGGGCACCCAGGUCCACCAGGCCUGACAAGGCUCGUCGCAUGGGAUACCGUGCCACUCAGGGUUUCGUCAUCUACCGCGUUCGAGUUCGUCGUGGUGGUCGCAAGCGCCCAGUUCCCAAGGGUUGCACCUAUGGUAAACCCAAGGGCCAUGGUGUCAACCACUUGAAACCCACUCGCAACCUUCAGGCUAUUGCUGAAGAACGUGUCGGACGUCGUUGUGGUGGACUUCGCGUCCUCAACUCUUACUGGGUCGGCCAAGAUUCCACUUUCAAAUUCUACGAAGUUAUCCUCGUCGACACUGCCCACAAGGCCGUCCGUCGCAACCCCAAGACACAAUGGAUUGUCAACCCUGUACACAAGCACCGUGAGCUUCGUGGAUUGACCUCAGCCGCCAAGAAGUCGCGAGGUUUGGGCAAGGGACACGGUUUCUGCCAGACAAAUGGUGGAUCUCGUCGUGCCACCUGGAAGAGGCGCAACACUCUUUCCCUCCUCCGCAAACGUUAAAUGGAAUCCAAGUGUUGUGGUUGUAUCUUGCUCGAGUUGUGCGCUUGUUCAAUACAUCUACUUGACCAGCUCGCAA